AUGUCUGGUUCAAACAUGAAGCAUCUCACCGGCGUCUUUCGAGCAACCGAUUCCCACAAAGUCACACGCAAUCGAAAACCUGUCUCAUGCACAACAUGCCAGAAACGCAAGUCAAAGUGUGAUCGUGCAAAACCAUCCUGCAGCGCCUGUCAGAAGCGUGGCGACACAAAGCCUUGUGUCUACGGAGACGCGAGUGUUUCUGAGGACAAGCGGGAUAUGCAGCUCAAGGUUGCUAAGCUGGAAGAGAUGGUGAUGCGUCUUGCUGCUGCGUCAGAAGCCUCAGGUACUCAAAAUAGUGCGACUGGGAGAGCAGAUGUCAGUGGAGCUUAUCCGCGACGUGUUGAGGAGGGAUCGGAUGCCGAGUAUCACGGAGAGACUUCGUGGGAGGCUGUCUUCCAGAGCAUCCACGAUAUCCAGAAUGUUCUCAGCACGCAGGAUGAGCUUGAUCACCAUGGCGAGCUGGAGGCUAUACUUCCUGCACCGGAUAUCGCCAUCGGAGGAAUCUCUCCCCUCACUAUUCACGAUGUCUGCAGCAGUAUGCCCUCUCGUCAAGACGCCGACAUAGUCGUCGAAUCAUAUUUCAACUCAAAGUUCCUCGCUGUUCCUGUUCUUCACCAGCAUCACUUCUGGCGCCGCUACGAACUUCUCUGGACCGAUCCUCAAAGUGCUAAUUUCCUAUGGCUGAGUAUCAUGUUUUCUGUACUCAGCCUCGGUGCUUUGACUUGUAAGGUCAAAUACCCCAGUCUCGAGACCGUGCAGGAGCCCAAGUUCUACAUACAACGCUCAGCUCAAUGUCUCGUGACUGGAGGUUAUCUCAAAGCCAAGCCAUAUUCCGUCGAGGCCCUCAUGAUGUACGCUCACUCACGUAAUGUGUCCAAGCAAGACUCCGAUGCAACGAUAUGGUCUCUCUACUCACUGUCUGUUCGCCUCGCUCAGCGAAGAGGUUACCAUCUUGACGCAGCCAGAGUAUCUCCUCAUAUAAAACCCUUUGAGGCUGAGAUGAGACGGCGAACAUGGUUUAUGGUGCAGACUUCUGAUCUUCUAUUUUCAUUCCAGCUUGGUAUGCCUCCUAUGGUAUAUCAAGAAGUCUGCGAUGUCGGCCAUCCCCGCAACUUAUCUGAUGAUGAUUUUGAUGAGGACACAGACGUACCUCAAUCGCGUCCUCCGUCUGAACCUACUCCUAUUCUGGCUUGGCAGACUAAGUCUCAUCUUUGUCGCUUGCUGCGUCGUGUUCUUCGACAUGCCCUUCGUGUCGAAACGCCGCCUUACGAGGAAACGAUGGGUCUUCAGGCCGAGCUGGAGGCAUAUCACAGCAGUGUUCCAGAAUGCUUCCACAUCCGUCCAAUAUCCUCUACGCCUGAUGAAAUUCCCGGCUACACCAUCAUGCACCGACUAAUCAUAGAAGUAUCAUAUCUGAAAACCAUCUGCGUGCUUCACCGCCCCUACCUCAGCGUCGACAAGAACCAAGAACGAUACCAAGCAUCCCGUGUUCUCUGCCGCGAUGCAGCUUCACGAGUUGUCGACCUUCACCUCGAAUUUGAACACGAGGUUCGGGAAGGGGGUCGUAUGUAUAACGAUCGCUUCUUGCUCUCCAGUCUCACUAUGCACGAUUUCCUGGUCGCAGCCAUGAUUCUAUGUCUGGAUCUUUAUGAAUCAACAGAUAUAACCCCGCAGGACCGUAUACACCGAUUUCAGAUACUCGAGCGUGUCUACAAGAACUGGGAAGUACGCGGCAACCACUCUAGAGACGCAAGGCACGGCGCAAAAGUCAUUCGUGCGGUUCUCAACCGCAUCGAGAUUACAGUGAACACUGCAUCCAAAAUCGCGGGCCCCGACAUGGCCACCACAUCUUAUCUUUGCAAUGAGCCCACCACAGAGAGUGGGAUUCCAGACAUGGCUAUGCCGGAUCUCAACUACUAUGGUGAAUAUGAAGAGUUCCUCCCUUUGAAUAGUUUCUUUGGCCCUGUCGAUGGGCUUGACUGGAUAUUCAUCGGUCAACUCUAG